AUGUCACCACCAAACAAUGACCUCACAGAUAUUUCUUCUUCACAACACGAUGAUGAAUUAACGACUCAACUUCCACAGGGGCAACAAAAAGAUUUUUCAUUACAAGAAAUACGCCAAGACGUGAUCGCCUCGAUGCCACCAAGAUCAUCUACAUGGCCAGAUUCAAUUCAGGAUACAUCCUCACAUACAAAUAAUAACACUACCUCACGUUGUAAUACAUUGGAUAAUUCAUCGCAUUAUAGAUCAAUUAGCCAUCAUUUAAGUCAAUCUGUAAAGAGGUUAAGCGUUUUGAUACCAGGCGGAUGUAAUCAAGACAAUGCUGGACGUGAAAUACCCGUUAAUCCGAUUAAUCAAGACCUUUUAAUAGAUCCACAAACCAAGAAACCUUUCAUUAAUAACUCUAUCACGACUUCACGUUAUAAAAUUUAUAACUUUUUACCAAAACAAAUUAUGUAUCAAUUUUCAAAAAUAGCAAAUAUUUAUUUUUUAUUUGUGGCGGCAUUACAAUCCGUACCUGAAUUUUCUCCUACAGGACGUUAUACUACUAUAAUACCUCUUAGUGUAUUUAUGUCGAUCGCGAUUGCUCAUGAAGGUUUUGAUGAUUAUCGUAGACAUAAACAAGAUCAAGUAGAAAAUAAUAAUGAUUGUAAUUCAUUAAAUGUUUAUAAAUCAAAUGAUUCUACUACUCAACGUCUUGGUGUUUGGAGAAAAACUAAGUGGAGAAACUUGAAAGUUGGUGAUAUAGUUUCUGUUAAAGCUCAAGAGUGGAUACCCGCAGAUUUACUUUUACUUCAUUCUAAUGGUGAAGAGGGUACUUGUUAUAUUGAAACCGCUGCUUUGGACGGCGAAACCAAUUUAAAACAGCGUCAGGCUUUAAAAGAAACAAAUUCUGUCACAUCUUCUCUUGAAGCCCUCGCCGCUUUUCAAGCAACUGUGAAUACAGAAAAUCCAAAUCAGGAUUUGUAUAAUUUUGAUGGAUCAAUUACAUUAUCAGAUGGAAAAACAUAUUCACUUUCAAAUAAUCAAAUCCUAUUACGUGGAACAAUUCUUCGUAAUACACCGGAAAUUUAUGGAUUAGUCAUAUUUACAGGAGAAGAGACAAAACUACGCAUGAAUGCAUCAAAAAAUAUUCGCACAAAAGCUCCAACAACGACAAGUACAAUAAUGUCAGUAUUAUGGGCUAAAAAUCAUGAAUUCGAUGAAAUUUACCUAAAAGGGUUUAAUAAAAUCCAAAAUGUUUUAGCAGGUUUCAUCAUCCUAUUUAAUACAAUGAUUCCGAUUUCACUUUAUGUGACUAUGGAGAUUGUUAAGUUGGCUCAAGCUUACUUUAUUAAUAAUGAUUUAGAAAUGUAUCAUCAGGAAACUGAUACACCUGCUGAGGCAAGAACAUCUACAAUAAAUGAAGAGUUGGGUCAAGUUAGUUAUUUGUUCUCGGAUAAAACUGGUACUUUAACAGAUAACAUCAUGUUAUUUAGAAAAAUAAGUGUUGGUGGGAGAGCAUUCAUACAUGAUUUAGAUUUAAGGAGAAUUGAAGAAGAAGAAUUAUUAAAAAUGAUGAAACAAUCUCGAAGAAGUGCUACGAAUCAAAGACGUAAAAGAUUUUCCGUCACUUCAAUAAGAUGGAAUAAUCGUUCCCAAUCACGUGAUGAAUCAAACGACGGGGAUGAAUUCGAACAACAACUUAAGCGUAAUGAUUCAACGCGAAGCGGAAAAUUUUCAAUGAUAGCACCAAAUUCAACCGGACCAUCUCCGCUAUACAAGCGUGAUUCAUAUUCGGGAGCUUCUAUGAAAUCCGUUAAAAAAACAGGUCAACAGAUAAAAUCAACUUUGGAUUUAUUAACAAUCUUACAGCAUCAAAAUAAUACGCCAUUUUGUGAGAAAGCGAGAUUUUUUUUAUUGGCAAUUGCAUUAUGUCAUACCUGUGUUCCUGAAAUAGAUGAAUCGACGCAAGACGUGUUUUAUCAAGCCGCAUCACCUGACGAAUUUGCUCUCGUUACCGCAGCGAAGGAGCUGGGAUAUAUUGUGACGGAUCGUUCAAUGUCUUUGGUCUCUUUAAGGGUUAAUAAUGAUGGACCUGAUGGAUUAAAAGCCCCUAACGAUUCUACGGCGACGUAUGACACAUUCAAGAUUUUAAAUGUUAUUGAAUUUUCAAGUAAACGAAAAAGGAUGUCUAUAGUGUAUCGUUUACCCGAUGGACGAAUAUGUUUACUUUGUAAGGGGGCUGAUUCAAUUAUACUAGAAAGGUUAAGAAAUCCUGUUAAGAGGUCACGAAAAGGAAAGGGAGCCCUUGAUAAGAAGGGGAAGAUCGAUGAAAACAAUAAAGAAAAUCAAUCCGAAAAAACACCAUCACAUAAACUUCGAGUCGAUACUACAAAUAUUGUUAAAGAAAAUUCAAGCGAUCAAUCUGGGUCAUCACUUCUAUCAUCAAAUCCAAAUACGCCAGUUACACCUUUAACAGCAAAUGAAUUUCUUACAUCACCAAUUUCCAUAAAGAACGCACAUGAACGUAGUUUCAGCAUAAGGACCGUAGAUUCGGAUCGUUCAAUGGUUGAUUUGUUUCCAAUGCGUGAUGAUACAUGGUUGUAUAGUCAAACAAUGUAUCAUAUUCAAGAUUUUGCAACUGAAGGACUUCGUACAUUACUUUACGGUCAUAGAUUUAUGGAAGAAGAAGAAUAUACAAUGUGGAAUAAAUUGUAUCAAGAAGCGUCAACUUCACUUGUUGAUAGGCAACAAAAAUUGGAAGACGUAGCGGAAUUGAUUGAGCGUGAUCUAGAAAUCACAGGAGCAACGGCGAUUGAAGAUAAAUUACAAGAUGGAGUACCAGAAACAAUUGAUAACUUACGUAGAGCUGGUAUAAGGGUUUGGAUGUUGACAGGAGAUAAAAGGGAGACCGCCAUCAAUAUCGGAUAUUCAUGUUCAUUAAUUAAAGAUUAUUCAACGACGAUUAUUAUCGAUUCAAAUGUUGAAGAUCUGAAAUUGAUGAUGAAAAGGGCAUUAAAAGAUGUAAAGAAUGGCAAAGCUACACAUCCAGUCGCGGUCGUGGAUGGAUCAACGCUCAUGAAGAUUGAACAAAAUCCGGAUAUCAUGGAAAUAUUUGUCGACUUGGGAAUAUUAUGUGAGGCUGUAAUAUGUUGUAGAGUGAGCCCAUCACAAAAAGCGCUCGUAGUCAGAAACAUAAGGGGUAAAUUGACGAAUCACGUGACAUUAGCGAUCGGAGAUGGGGCAAACGACAUCGCUAUGAUACAAGAAGCACAUGUUGGGAUUGGAAUAACGGGACGCGAGGGAUUACAAGCAGCACGUUCCAGUGAUUAUUCAAUAGCACAAUUUAGAUUUUUAAGUAAUCUGUUAUUCGUACAUGGUAGAUGGUCAUAUGUUAGAGUAUCAAAAUUUGUUUUAGGAACAUUUUAUAAAUGCAUGUGUUUUUAUCUAACGCAAGGUUUAUUUCAAAUAUUUACUGGAUUUUCUGGAACAAGUUUAUAUGAACAAUGGACUUUAUCAUUUUAUAACACAUUAUUUUCCUCAUUACCUGUGAUCGUUAUUGGAAUGUUUGAAAAAGAUUUAAAUAUGAAAACAUUGCUUGGCGUGCCUGAACUAUACCGAUUAGGUCAACGUGAUGGUGCGUUUAAUUUAAAAUUAUUCUUUUCAUGGAUGGGAGCUGGAAUAUUUAAUGCUAUCGUCGUGAUAGCGAUACCGUUUAUUAUACAUGGGUAUUGGGAAGGGGAAGAAUUGAGAGCAUUUGGUUCCCCACAAUUAUAUGAAUUAGGAAUGAUUGUAUAUAGUUGUAUAGUUUUCGUUGUUACAAUUAAAAUUGCUUACUUGGAAUGUCAUAACUGGUCAUGGUUGACCCAUGUUACUUCAAUAUUAACGUUAAUUGGAUGGUACACUUAUCAAACCAUUUAUUCGUUCUUAUAUCCAAAGGUUUCUAGUGAGGUUUAUGAUGUUAACGGUACUUUUCAAAGGGUUGGCACUAAGUCGGAAUAUUGGGUUACUGUUAUGUUGACCGUUUCUAUAGCUUUAUUACCUAAUUUAUUGGUUAAAUUGGUUAAAAGUAUCAUCUUACCUACUGAUGUUGAUAUCUAUCAAGAAAUUGAAAAGGAUGAACAAUUUUUAGACAAUUUAAUUGAAGGGGGAAAUAAGAAUACGAAUGAUGAUAGUAGUGUUGAAGGUGGUUUUAAAAGACAAGGUGUUAAAAAGGGAGAGAAUAACAAAGAGAGAGAUAAUAUUAAGAGGAAUUCAUCGGAUCUAGUAGAAAAAAAUAUAGAUACGUUGAUAAUAUCAGAAAUCCCUCCAACUCCAGCCAAUUUUCUCCAAGAUGGUAAUUAUUCUCCGACAGUUUCAGCCAACACAGGUUUCGGUUGGGUAUUCUUGUACGCUAUAAAUAACAAAAGUAUUUAA